AGACCCGGCGAGGUCAUGACGCUGCGCCUGCGUCCUUCCGGCCGCGUCGCCCGGGGCUUCCGGGAGGAGGCUCGUGAGGAGGCUACGGCGAUUUCGUCCAAGACUGAGCUUCCAAAAAACUCGGCGAUUCUUGGAGAAGAGGCAGCAGCAUUUACUGCAAGACUACUAAACGGAGAUCCCCGGGAAGGGUGGCCCGGAAGAGAAACUCAGUGCCUACGGGGCGCCUCGAGGGCCACGCCGCGUCGCCAUUCAAGUGCACUCACCCGAUAAAGCCACCCGCCGCACCGCACCAUAGAUGAAGUUAGUGGCGACUCAUAUUCUCUCUCUAGGCUGACCUGUGCCAGGUAGAGGAGGGAAAACUACGGAGAUGGAAGAUGGAGGCGCGGGGGUGGGAGCAGCUGAGCCAGAGGGUGUUUGGGAGCCGGAGGAAGCGCCCCGGACUGGAGACGCGACGCCUGGGUCCAGGCCUGCACAGCUCCACGCCCAGGUCUCUGGAGCGGCGCUGCGACCCCUUCCUGAUGAUCGGCCUGAGUUUUGCAGAGCCAAGUCUAGGAUCCUUGUGUUGAGAUACCAGAGCAGGAAGGGAACUCAUCAGACAUCUGCCAGCUGUUGGGCUGUAUCUCCCACAACCGCUCACAGAACGAUUUCUUUGGUGUGUCGUCGAUGUGCUGUCUAGGAUGCCACAGGGCCUCUGAUCUGCUAGAGACUUCAGCCUUGACCAGCCGCUCCCAACACGUUGUACGUGCUUACAGCUUCAGGAAGCUGCUCCUCAGGCUGUGCCCAUCCUGUUUGGCAGCUCAGCUACCAUGGAGGCCCCAGAAGUCCCUGUGGGCUCUCUGAUUGACUUUGGGACUGAACCACCUACCUCCCCUCCUUUGGAAGCAGCACCGUCAACACUCCAGGACCCAGAUGGCUCCCUGGGUGAUGGUGCAUCUGAGAGUGAGACCACCGAGUCUGCAGACAGUGAGAAUGACAUGGGGGAGUCGCCAUCACACCCAUCCUGGGAUCAGGACCGACGUUCUUCCUCCAAUGAGUCUUUCUCCUCCAAUCAGAGUGCUGAUUCAGCCCCAGAUGAGGAGACCCUGGCACUUCGAGAGUUCAUGCGCAGCUACGUAGAAAAGAUCUUCUCUGGAGGGGAGGACUUGGACCAGGAAGAGAAAGCCAAGUUUGGGGAGUACUGCAGUGGAGAAGAUGGGAAAGGCCGGGAGUGGUUCGCACGCUUUGUGAGCGCACAGCGCUGCAAGUCCAAGUGUGUGUCCGAGCCAACCUUCUACCGCCUGGUGCAGUCCUUUGCGGUGGUGCUGUUUGAAUGCCACCAGAUGGACGACUUUGGGCCUGCCAAGAACCUCAUGACUAUGUGCUUCACCUACUACCAUCUGGGCAAGCCGCACCUGCCCCCUACAGAGCCCAGGGAGAAGCCAGCUGGCAGCAUUGACUCCUACCUGAAGUCAGCUAACAGCUGGCUGGCAGAGAAGAAGGACAUUGCUGAGCGGCUGCUGAAGAACACAGAGAACAUGAAAGGCUUCUUCGGAGGGCUGGAGACCAAGCUGAAAGGACCACUGGUCAGGAAAAAUGAGGAAGAUGAGAACAAACCUAAGGACAGACAGAUGAAGACUGUGACCGUGAUCAGCCCCGAGGAUGAGCAGAAGGGGGAGAAGGUCUACCUGUACACGCACCUGAGGCAGCAGCCCAUCUGGCACACACUGAGGUUCUGGAAUGCGGCCUUUUUUGAUGCUGUCCACUGUGAGAGACGGAAGCGAUCCCCCACCACCAGAGGGGAUGCUGGAGAGCAGGAGGAGAAGAGGGAGAAAUGGUGCCACAUGACCCAGGAAGAACGGGAUGACAGCCUGCGCUUCAAUGAGAACAUCACCUUCGGGCAGCUGGGCACGUUCACCCACAACAUGCUGGCCUUUGGCUUGAACAAGAAGCUGUGCAGCGACUUCCUGAAGAAGCAGGCUGUGAUCGGCAACCUGGAUGAGGAGCAAUACAAGCUGCUAAGUGACCACAUUGAGCAAAUGGCCACAGAGUAGAAGAUCAGCACAUGCUCUUCUCCCGGGAGCUGUCACCCCAGUGAUGACCCUGCAUGACACCAGCAGCACCCAGAGCCACUCCUUGCUGCCCUAGAACUAGCAGUUAAAAGACUCCAGAAGCCUGUCUCCCCUGCCUGUGUCUGCUCUCCCUCUAUGUUUAAGGUGUCCCCUGAGUUACACAGCUAAACGUGAGGGACCAUCUACCCCCCCUCCAUCCUUGAGUGCCAGGCUUAUGAGAUGAAAUGGAGGGUGGAGGAAGAGGCCAUGAGGGAUGGUCCCCAGAGUUCCUGCUGAGAGCCAGGGACACGUGGGCUCAGAGGUGCAGGAGGGGAUCCAUGCAGCUGCAAUGUGAGGAGAGAAUCAGUGCUGUGGGUGACAGCCUGCCACUCCCUGCCACAGGACUUCUUGUCAGCAUACACUGUAUUAGAAGGACCAUGGAGCCAUCCUGAAAGGUCUCGGCUAUCUGCUCUUCUUUACCUCCUCAUGGGACAGGAACUGAAAGAGAAGUCAAGGGUUGCCACUUUCCUAGGUGGUGUGAGCAUUCUGCCAGCUACAACCAUGCCUCAGACUCAAGAGCUCUGUCAGCAGAGCCUCAACUGUCCACUCAACACAGUCUCUUCCUCAAUAACAGAGAGAGUCCUUCAGCUCCCAGGCAGCAGCAACAUAUGUCGUGCAAUGCAAGAAGUAUGGGGGAACAUUCUCUUUGGCAGCUCUGGGGUGGGGACACCCUUGCUAAGAGCAAUGGUUCAACUGGAGCACACAGAAUGGAUCUGGCCGAGGGAAGAGACCACAGGGAAGCAAGGUUGCUUGGUAGCUCCAGUCCACAGUCCUCUCCUUCUGAAAGACCCUUGUCGAUCUGCCUCCUCUGCAUCCUUGUACCAGGACUGACCCUCAGCAUCCAGCGUGCUGGCUCCAGAGCUGCUGUCCCCAUCCACUCCAGUGGCCUUGGUCCCUUCUGUGCCAGCCAUUCUGGUCACUGACCUUGAACUAGGCCUGCAGGCUCUCCUGUCACCCUGCAUCACCUCAUCCUCCUCUGUCCCUCAGCCUUCAGUCACAUUUAGUCAUGGUCUGCCUGCAAGCGCAGUGGCUCUCUACCGACAGCUGUGAACUCAGCUGGUGUGGGCGAGCCUUUCCUGCGGGAAGAGACUCCUAGGAUGUCCAAAGAAGAGCAGGAUAGGCCCAGCUGUGGAAUGUACAUUUCCUGGAUAUUGCGGGUCACUGAGGCAGUACAUCAAUCCCUGAGCUAUUCAAGCAAAUGCUGACAGGCAGAUCAGUCCCUUAUGACAUAGUAUGUGCCAACUAGUACACCUGACCCAGCAUUAGGAUCCUAUAACCAUGCCUGUCUCCACUCUGUGUUUUAGGGAAGUGACAUAAAGUGAGAUUGUCCUUGCUAAAUCUUGCUGUCCUUUCUAGAGCCUUCCUCAGCUGUGCAAGCAUGGUAGCCUCUCCUUGCUCUUCCCAGUCUUGCAUUGGCAUGAGUUCAGGUGUAGAAGGACAUGACUCCAAGGUGCUGUGAGAUGCACCGUCCUUGUACAGCAGCACCUGUGGUCUGACCUCUGCCUUGUCCUCAUGCAGCCAUAAACCGCCUUAAGGGGAAGAGUGCCAAUGGUUCCAACAUGGACUUUAGAAGUGACUUUGAGACUGUCCCUACCGACCUUUUGAAAUAGUCACUUAAGGAAGAAGGAAAGAUGGCUCUCUCUUGUUCCUUAUUGUUGCAGAUCCAGCUCCAGAGAGUCAGAAAAUUCUGACCCACAUUAGACCCACAUACACUGCUAAGGACAUGGUUACCCUCUGGGGACAGGGCAGCAUUUGAUGGGAGCAAAGCUUACAGGUGCCUGGAGGUGGUCCUCUGUUCAUAGUUAGGUUUAGUGAGCAUUUCAUGUCUGGGGGCCUCUGGCCAAUGUCUCUGGGAGGUCACUAAUCCACCCUCUCUUCCUGUCAUAGUUCUCUCCUAGGGCCCACCAAGCAAGCAUGAACCGGGCUCGCUGGCAAGCACUCCUUGGCUGCCCUGCUGAGCUCGUGAACCACAGACAGUUCAAAUUACCUGGAUAAUUCCAAGCAGCAUUUCCAGUCUUGGCUGGUAGUGGCCCAGAUCUAUGCAGGCACAUUAGCACACAUGCAAACCUUCCUAGGUUGUAACCUUCAAGGAUGUAUGAAUCAGUGUCAAGCACAUUAUAGUGUUUACCCUCACAGGAAAAAAAAAAGUCCCAUUCUGAAAACAGGCCAGUGGUGGGCCACCACUUUGCUGUGUAGGCUACCUCUGCUGAGUGUCUAGCCAUAGGCAGAGCCACAUUGUAGAAUAUUGAGAGAGCUGCAUUGUUCAACCUGCCAGACUGUGAUUUUCCUCUUGUCCAAGACACAAAGAGACUGAAGAGCUCAGCAUCUCAAGAGGACCGGGAUCAAGGCUAGUUUUCAAGCUUGCACAAGAAGGAGGGUCAUCCUCAGCUACAUAGGGGGUUCAAAGCCAGCCUGGACCCAGUGAAACCUGGUCUCAAUUAAAAACAAAACAAAA